AAUACAAGAUACCCUAAAUAUUAUACAAUACAAACAACAUUGUCUAUUUUUGGCUUAAAACACUUCUUGUCUGAUAAAGAGUAUCCAUUACCAUUACUUGAGUUGAUAUUUUUUUCUUAAAGUUUCAUUAGGAAUUAAGAGAGUUAAGUAAACAUGAAAAUUCAGUGUGAUGUGUGUGAGAAAGCUCCAGCAACAAUGAUUUGUUGUGCUGAUGAAGCUGCUUUGUGUGCUAAAUGUGAUAUUGAAGUUCAUGCUGCUAACAAGCUUGCAAGCAAACAUCAGAGGAUUCAUCUUCAAUCUCUCUCUAACAAGCUCCCUAGAUGUGACAUAUGCCAAGACAAGACAGCUUUCAUAUUUUGCGUUGAAGAUAGGGCACUCUUCUGUGAGGAUUGUGACGAGUCGAUUCAUUUACCUGGAAGCCUUUCUGCAAAUCACCAGCGCUUCCUUGCGACCGGUAUCCAAGUGGCCAUGAAAUCUAACUGCGCCAAAGACGACGAAAAAACUCACUUGGAACCACCUAAGAGGAGUACACAUCAAGUUUCUCUUGAAACUACUUCUCAGCAAGUGCCUGACUUUACACCCCCUUGGGGUGUUGAUGACUUAUUGGAGUUAGCAGACUUUAAUUCCCAUGACAAAAAGGAUUCCAUGCAGUUUGGAGAGAUGGAAUGGUUCACAGAGGAGGGUCUUUUUGGUGAUGACUUCACUCAAGAAGCCAUGGCUGCAGCUGAAGUUCCUCAGCUUCCAGUAACUCAUGCAAGCAACAAUUAUUCAUCAUACAGAAACUCCAAGUCACAUAUGUCUAACAAAAAGCCUAGAAUUGAACUCAUACGUGAUUAUGAUUAUGAUGAUGAAGAUGAGUACUUCACCGUGCCUGAUCUUGGAUGAAGCAAAUAAUCAUGUGGGAAAAUAAUUUAUUUGGAAAUGUAAUUAUUUUUCUCAAAUUCUUUUUGAAGAAAUUGUAAAGAGAAAGUUAUUGUUCCAAAUUAAGAUUUUGAAAUUGUAUAUUCCUACUUCUCUCCGAAUACAAUACUUUGAGUUGAAGUAUGUUUAUAAGUUGUGUGGAGUUUAUAUCAAUGUCAUAUAUACUUCUAUGUGUUUCAUUGCUAGAAAUAGAAUGAUACAAGUAACGAGAAUGAAUUAUUUGUCCACGGUUUAAAAUUGACAAGUUGAUAUUCAUUCAUUUUGUGUAAAGUUUGACUAAUUAGCAAAUUCUAAUUA